AUGGCUCUUGGUGAAGCUGAUGCUGAGCUUGCUUGGCUGUCCAAGGAGGGUUAUAUUGAUGCUGUUGCAAGCGAAGAUUCUGACUUGAUAGUACUCGGCGCAGUGGUUGUCCUUCGAAACUUUCUUCAUGAGGACAAUGACGAGAAGGUUACUGUAUACUGUGCAGAAGCUAUCAGAAAGCACGCCGCCCUUGGGUUCACCGACACCGAUUUCUUGGUAAUUGCUUUGCUGGUUGGUGGUGACUACGAUGAUGGCCUUAAACGGUGUGGCAUCCGGAUCGCAACUGGACUGGCAAGGGCAGGGCUUGGGCAUCGCCUUCUGCAUGGCUUGUCCCAAUCCAAAGCUGCUGACAAUUUUCUGGAGGUGUGGCGAAAUGAGUUGCGUGAGGAGCUUAGAACAAAUGACUCCGGCCAUCUCCCCUCCUGCCAACCUGCUCUCUCUAAUUCCGUCCCUUCUGAUUUCCCUCAACUGAAGGUCAUCAACCUUUACCGAAACCCUCUCAGCUCAAAGACCAAUCCCACGGAUCUUCUGGGGUGUAGCCCCAAUCCUAUUUUGCUGGCAAUUUUUUCUGAGGAGAAUUUCUGCUGGGGUAGUACUCACGGGAUUCUCUCGCACUUUGAAACAACAAUAUUUCCUGGCUUGGCCCUCGACGACAUUUGCCGCAUUGCACGUGAGACCGAUCUCGGUCUGGCCAAAAGACCCUGUCAGUUCAUUGGUGAGGUCCUUCAACGCCGGGUCCCUUUGAAAGCUCGAGACUGUCCACGUCAUCCUGAGGUCAAGUUAUCCCUCAUUGUGUCAGACGCGCUUGUAGAUUCUAUCAUCGGCUCUCUAUUAGGCAAGUUGAAUGAUGGGGAAACUGAAGGGAGAGUAAAUGAGUGGCAAUUGAGCGUGUUCCCAAGGAUGAGGGUGUGGCUUCCCAUUGCCAUGAUUCACGCAACAUUCCCAGAACUCAUUGUGGCAGCUGGUAAAAAGAAAGCUACCCGCUGUGCCUGUAUGAGUACUGGUGGCAAGGCCCCUCGUGCAUCAGGGUCAAUGGGCAUGCCUCGCCCUCUCAAACAAAAGUCUCGUGAAGACGACGGUGCUGCAUCUUCAAGUAAACGACCAAAGCACAACAAAAUAGUAUCGUCCACAGACCAUUUCGACACCAUCAACCUUACCACUCCCAAGCCCAAUGUAUUGACAAACAAACAAUGGAAUUGCCACAAUGUCAUUGAUGCACUUGACCUCACUCAAUCCGAUCUCGAACCAGUCACCGGGAUCCCUGAAAGGCGGUAUCACCUUGAUGUCUCGGAUGAUGGACACCUCAUUGAGUUCAUCACCGACUCAGAGGGUGAGUUGUAA